AUGUCGGCAGAUAAAGCGCGCAUUAUAUUUUUAAUCAUUUUACUCAGUAUAUUUAGUAAUAAAACAAUCUUGGCUAAAAAUGCAAAUAGUAUUGUGGAAGUAAUUAAUAAUAUUAACGAAAAUUCUAAAUUAAAUCUCAAUGUUUUUAUAACUCUAGAGGAAAAUGCAAUAAAUUAUAAAAAAAUUACGGAAAUUAUCAAACUAAUACAAAUGCCAAAAAUAAUUAUAGAUAAAGCUAACAAUAGCAAAGUAGUAAGUGCUGAUUUAAUGCAAGACAUUAAACCCCUAUAUGAAAAAUACAAUAGUGAAUUUUUAACUAUAGUUUGGUUAAACGCAAAACAAAUUAAUAACACUUUCGAGUUAUUGGAUCGUUUAUUAUGGCGAAGACAUUUUAAGGAUAUAUUACUGAUAUAUGAAAGAGAAUACCCAGAGAAGCAGCUGUCAUUGUUUAACUGGCAGCUAUUGCGAAUUUUUCAAAAAUGCUGGUCCAAAGGUUUUAUAUCGGUACUAUUGUGGUCGCAACAGCAACUCUAUACCUAUCAUCCGUAUCCCAAUAUAAAAAUGCUACAACUCAGCAGUGUUGUUCAGUUCUGGAAUAAAUCUCAUUUGAAUAAUUUUCAUCAACGUUCCUUCCGUUUACCCUUCUUUCACUUUCCCAAUCAGUGUUAUUCCUAUAGAAAUCGUCAAGGUGAACUGGUUCGCACCGGUUAUUUUUACAAAUGGUUACAAUUGUAUUUGCAAUACUAUAAUGCUUCCAUCGAACAUGUUUCCAUCGAUAUAUGGUCCAGUAAUGUCAGUCAAAAGCAGGCUUUAAAAGUACUCGCAGCAAAGGGCUUCAGUUUGGUACCAAUUUAUUUACGCAUAUUUAAUGAUUAUUUUGACAGUAGCAAUGUUAUGCAUUUGAGUAAAGUGACACUAAUGGUACCCAAUGCCGGAGAAGUAUCACCAAAUUUAUAUCUGAUAUUACCCUUAGGGCACUAUAUAGGUUUAAUAAUUAUUGCAAAUGCUAUCAUUUUAUUCGUUCUAAUGUAUUUUAUGGAAUGUACUACAGAUAAAGUAAAAGAUUUAAGUAAAUUAGCUAUGACAGCUUUUAGGAUCAUCUUAUUUCUUUCUACCGGAUUUGGAAGACAAAAAACAAUAAAACAUUUUCUUUUGCACUUACUGUUCCUAUUCACGGGUAUAUUUAUCACCAACUACUACAUUUCAACUUUGUCUAGCCUGUUUAUCUCUAAGGUAUAUGAACCCCAAAUUAGAACAAUCCAAGACGUUGGACGUACUCGUUUGCCUCUAUUGGAAUAUACGGCCUAUGUAGAUCUUAUGCUUGAAAUAAAUAUACCCCAAAACCUAAAGCAGCGCAUACACACGGGUAAUAAUGCUGAAUUGUAUAGUAAACGUCAGAAGCUCAAUAUGACUUACAUGUAUACCGUUCAAGACGAAUUAAUGGAUUAUCUACUAUUCCAGCAAUAUUAUCUGAAACAUCCAAUUGCCCGUAAACUUGAUAUGGCAUUAUUCUAUCGUCCAAUUUAUGUGGCAGUCCCUCAUCGCUCCCCCAUAAUUGAUCAUCUUAAUAAAUAUUUGAGGCGUAUAUUUGAAAGUGGUUUGGUGCAAAAGUUUCUUGUCGAUACAAAGUGGGACGGGGUAUUAAGCGGUAAUAUAAAACUUAUGUUCGAUCCAGAGUUGCAGAAGCCUUUGAGUUUGAAGUAUUUAUAUUAUGGUUUUGCAGUUUGGAUUUGUGGUUUGCUGUUUGCUGUGUUAACAUUUGUAAUUGAGUAUAAGAUUUUUGCCUUUAAAAAUGGCAGACGACAAUGGAAGUGGAUCAAAUAG